UUUCAAACCAUUUCUCACCUGCCCCCUUCAAACUUAUCCCAUUUCAUAAAUCCAAACCAUACAUCUCUUCCACCACCAUCACCGCCACCACCACCACAUCACCAUGGCAACCACCGCUUCCCACCGCCCCCCUCCCAGACCCCUAGACCUCGAAAUCACCAUCGUCUCCGCCAAACACCUGAAAAACGUCAACUGGCGAAACGGAGAUCUCACCCCUUACGUCAUCUUCUGGCUGGACCCCGAUCGCCGCCUCGCCACCAAAUCCGACGACUCCAACUCCACCAAACCCAUCUGGAACGAACGCUUCCUCAUCCCGGUCCCACCAUCCCCCUCCCCUCUCCUCACCCUCGAGAUCUUCCACUCCAAACCCUCCGACACCCCCAAACCCUUAGUCGGAUCCUUACGUGUACCCAUCAACGACUUACCUAACCCCGAUGACUCUACCGUUGUCAGAACCUUUGAUCUCCGCCGUCCAUCUGGUCGACCUGACGGAAAGAUCCGGUUAAAACUCGCUAUUCGUGAACGUGUUUUACCAGAUUACCAAAAUACCCCUCAACCUGCCUAUUAUUACGCUACUGCCCCUCAUUCUAAUUACGGCAGGUUUCCACCGUCAGUGUACAACACUUCACCGUCUCAGUCUCUCCCACCGCCACCACCACCUCCGGCAGCUCCCUCACCACCACCACCGCCGCCGCAGCCGACACAUACUUACCACUACGGAGCGUAUUCCGAUCCAUAUUCUGGUUAUUACCAGAGCGUCGGCGGCGGCGGUGGUGGAUACUAUUCUCAACCGCCGGCGCCGGUGGUUCCACAGACUCCACGGGCGUAUGCGUAUGCUGAGCGGUCGUCCGGCUACGGUGGGCCCAGUGCGCCAGUGGAUAAUAAUGCUCAAUACGAAUCAAAGCCGAAAACGGGUGUGGGAGCAUUGUCAGGGGGGUUAUCAGGGCUUUCGAUUGAUGAUCGGGUGAGGUAUGAAGAGGAAAAACAUGUUGGUGCGAGGGAACUUGAUGAUUAUAGCGAUUAUCGUCGUGUGGAUUAUUGAUUUGUAAACUCGAGUUAUGGUUUCUGGUUUCGGGCUUUCGGGUACGGUUAAAGAGGUAAUUAAUGCUUAAGUUACCAUGAUGGUUGUUUUGUAUAUUAUGUGUUGGUUUUGUUAUGGAUUAAUGAAGUUAUAUAAGCUGUUAAUGAUAAAUCGGUAAAUCCAGUUUAUAAUA